AUGUACAAUGUAAUGUGCUUCACCAUAAACAACUUGUCGACCUUCGUAGCCCUUGAUGCCAACCCACUCUCCAAACCUGCUUGCUACUUGGGCGCCCAGCACAAUAGGUUUAACCUCCUCCAGCGCCCCAGAAAUGUUGUUGUAUGCUCCGUGAAGCCCUCAGUUGCCUCGCCCUCAUCGCUAAGUGUGGUUGGGUCACCCAACAGCGGACCUAAUCGAAUUGAGUCUCUAACCCAGGUGUCCGGAGUUUUGGGCUGCAAGUGGGGUGACGAAGGUAAAGGCAAACUCGUUGACAUCUUGGCCCAGCACUUUGACGUUGUUGCUUGUUGUCAGGGAGGAGCUAAUGCCGGACAUACCAUUUACAAUGCAGAAGGAAAGAAGUUUGCACUUCACCUUGUUCCCUCUGGAAUUCUCAAUGAUGAUACUCUCUGUGUUAUUGGGAAUGGUGUUGUGGUGCAUCUUCUGGGCCUCUUUAAAGAGAUUGAUGGCCUUGAAUCCAAUGGAGUGUCUUGCAAGGGAAGGAUAUUGGUCUCUGAUCAUGCUCACCUCUUAUUUGAUUUCCACCAAGAAGUGGAUGGGCUUGAAGAAGCUGAGCUUGCUAAAUCUUUCAUCGGUACAACCAAGAGAGGCAUUGGACCUUGUUAUUCUAGCAAGGUUAUCCGGAAUGGCAUUCGAGUUGGUGACUUGAGGCACAUGGACAUUUUACCUCAGAAGCUAGAUAUUCUGUUGUCAGAUGCUGCAUCAAGAUUCAAAGAUUUUAAGUAUGACCCCCAGAUGCUUAGAGAAGAAGUAGAAAAGUACAAGAGAUUUGCUGAGAGAUUGAAACCCUUCAUUGCUGAUACUGUACUUGUUGUGAAUGAAGCCAUCUCUGAGAAGAAAAAGAUUUUAGUUAAAGGGGGUCAGGCAACAAUGUUGGAUAUUGACUUUGGAACAUACCCCUUUGUCACUUCCUCAAGUCCUUCAGCUGGUGGGAUUUAUACUAGUCUGGGUAUUGCUCCCAGAGUUAUAGGUGAUCUCGUUGGAGUGGUGAAAGCAUACACUACAAGAGUUGGUUCUGGUCCUUUCCCUACUGAAAACUUGGGUAAAGAGGGUGACCUUCUUAGGUUGCAAGGUCAAGAGUUUGGAACAACUACCGGUCGCCCUCGUCGUUGUGGUUGGCUUGAUAUAGUAGCACUGAAAUACUGCUGCCAGAUUAAUGGCUUUUCUUCUCUCAAUCUCACCAAACUAGAUGUUUUGUCUGAUUUUCCCGCAAUUCAGUUGGGUGUUGCAUACAAAACUAGUGAUGGGACACCAAUCAAAUCAUUCCCUGGAGAUCUUCGCCUCCUUGAGCAAGUGAAAGUUGAAUAUGAAGUAUUACCCGGAUGGAAUUCUGAUAUCUCUAAUGUAAGAAGCUACUCUGAACUUCCAAAAGCCGCAAGACAAUACGUGGAAAGAAUUGAAGAACUUGUUGGUGUACCUAUCCAUUACAUUGGUGUCGGACCUGGACGUGAUGCUCUCAUUUACAAAUAGUCAUCACAGUAUUCAUAUUGGCAGAAGUAGAAUGAAGCUUCUAGUGCCGGACGAAUUUAUUCCCUCAUAUGUUGGGAGAUGUUUCACAUGGUUAUAAAUUUGAUGUAACCCAAGCAUCAACACUGUUCUAUUCAGGUCUUGGGUAAAUUUUGUUUCAGUACCAUCGCUUCUUGUCAUGAUUGCUAGGUAGGAUAAACUUGAAACAAUUGGAACUUGAGCGAAUUUCGAAUUUCUUUUUUCUAAAAAACUUCUGAUU